CCGCCGCCCGGACCCGCCCGCUUCCUCUGCUCGCGGAGCCAGCUCUUGAAAUCCGUGCAGGCUCGGCACGGCUUCUUGGAUGGCUCCUCCGCCCCGGAGCCCGCGGCGCCGUGCGGGACGGCGAAGGGGAAAGCGAAAGGGCCGUUCUCGGUGCCCGGGAACGGCGAAGCGCCACGGCCCGGCCGGCCCUCGCUGGGCGCCGCCAUCUUGGCGCCGCGGUGCACCACGGGCCAGAGCGGCCACCGCGGGAGGCCGCCAUUUGAAUGGUCUCCGGGUUCCCUCAGGCGGGAGCGGGCGACGCGGCUGGGCCCGGGGGUCCCGCUGCGCCCCGGCCCGGCUCGGCCCGCCCCGAGGGACAGGGUCUUUCCCGGGGCUGGGCGAGGAGGGUCGGCCCGGGCCUUUGCCGUUGAACACCACACACAGAAAUAACUACAUGAUGUUUGUGUCUUGGUCAGAUCAGAACAACAUUCUUAUCUACCGGACAUUUGAAGACUUUAAGAGAUUCCAUAAAGAGCUGAAGAGAAAAUUCCCCAUCGAGAGCGGCUCCCUCAGGAGAUCUGACCGAACAAUACCCAGGUUUAAAGAUGCAAAUGUGAAGCAGAGGAAGAGUGGGAAGCUGAACAGGUGCCUGGAGAUACUGAAACUGCUAGAAACUUACUCCCAGGAACUGCUGAAAAUGGAUGCUAAAAUCUCCCAGGGUGAAGAUGUGACUCAGUUUUUCAAGGCACAGACCCAAGACCUAGAUCCCUCCUUUCCUGAAAACAGUGUUGUGAUCAUGCCAUCGGAAAUUGGAGGGGAAAAGAAAAGCCAGCCACGGCAGCAGCUCUCCUCUAUUACACAUCCCCAGGCAUCCCAGAGCUACAGAUGCAUUGAAACCUUUGAAACCAAAGACACAAAGAACAAGACUUUCAAAGUCGCUAAGAAGGAGAUUAUUGAAGUGUUAAUCAAGGACAUGACUGGAUGGUGGCUGGUGGAAAAUGCAGACAAGCAGAUAGCCUGGUUUCCAGCCCCGUACCUAGAAGAGAUUGACAUCCACAAGAACAUCCAGAACGCCUUGAGCUCAAAUGAAGAGGCCAGCCUGUACUUUGUUGUGCGGGCCUAUGAGUCUCAGAAGGCAGAUGAGCUCUCGCUGAACAACGGCGUCAUCGUGGAGGUGGUCAGGAAAUCUGACGAUGGCUGGUGGCUGAUCCGAUACAAUGGCCGUACUGGCUACCUGCCCUCCAUGUGCCUCCAGCCCUACAAGAAUCCUCACCACAAGCUCCAAACGAUCAUAAACUGUGGGCUCAACAUCUCCACACCCAACCUCUGCUCUUCCUUGAUUGCUCCCCAGCCCCGGGGUGAGGCUGCGGGCUGGUGCAGGGUGCAGGCUUGCUCUUCCCUUGACCAGACUGAGGGGGACACGAGCUCUGUGAGAGGCAGAUCAAGGUCUCUGCCCAGGGCCAGCUCCACCCCGGACCUGGAGUCAGACAGCUCGUCCCUCAGCUCGGGGAGCAGCAGUGAGCACAACGGCCAGCUGAGCUGGAAGCCUGACUUGUCGAGAUCUCUGCCCGAAGUCGAGCAGGCCAGGAACUCUCCCCUGGGGCAUGCCUUGGCUACGCACAGCAGCAAGUCUCCACACCUCACCCACAAGGACAGGAAUGAUUCUGGCUUUGUGGAGUCAUCUGCAGCUGAUCUAAGUUACUCCCUCACUGACCCAGACUUGGCUGCUUGUGUCCCCAAGGUGCCCGUGCGCCCUUCAGCCCACGAGAUCCUCCAGAAGUGCAGCACAGUCACGAAGCGAGCUGUGCAGCAAUCGGCUUCCCGGCCAGCUCUCCAGGCACUGCUCCCUCUCCCAAAUGUGCACUAGUGCCCCCCUAGGUGGGGGCACGGACCCAGCCCUGGCCAAACACCUCAACCCAUAGCCAGGCACCCCCCUCACCAAAGUCCCGCAGGUGCCGUGGGCAGUGGCACAGGGGGUGUCAGGGUUUGGGACCGUCACUUUCCAAGGACACUGCUAAAUCCCGAGGAACAUGCAUGCAGAUGCUGCCUCCCUGGGUAACACCGAUUCCUGCUGCAGCUUGCACAGGGAGGCCGGGGAGCCAGGAGGGGCUGUACUGACCUUAGCAGGAGAGGAUUUAGUGGUUUAACCUAUCAGGGCAGUCACAUCAGCUGCACAUCGGGCAGCUCCUGUGUAAGUUUGAGGUCACUUUGAAUUCAGUUAAUUCUCCCUCAGGCAGGUGUUUAUCCUGCAGUGUUUAUGUGAAAAUUUCAUAAUCAUUCUUGUGUUAUUCCCCCUACCAGGGCAAGCUGGCGGAGUGCCACUGCUGCCCCAGGGAGCAGGUGGGGAAACCAGACACAGUCACUGACUUAAGAGUCACCCACGGAGCUACAAUUAUUGCUAGGGGGUAGGGAUGGGAUGAAGCAGCCAUGUGAAUGUCACUUAUCUGAACUUCUCAUUUUAUACAUAUUUUUUAAACUCUUCUGUUUUUUUAUACGUAUUUUUAAAACUCUUCUGUUUUUUGGUGUUUUCUGGCACGGGGGUUGUUGUUUUUUAUUAGGUUGGGGUUUUUUUAAAGGCUAGAUCAGCUUGGCAGUGGAGAACUGGCCAUCAAAUAUAUGAAUUGGCUAGAUCUGCUGAAUGGCUGUGAGAACAAAAAAACCUGUUGGCGGCUAGGAACCUCAGUCUCUGAGCCUUCCCUGCAGCCAUGGCUGUGAAGCAAAACAGACUCGCAUGAAGCUUGUUUCCCAACUGAGUAGUGGGGCCAGAGCUCAUUUUUAUGACUAAAACAUUCCUCUUUCAAGGGGGUCUAAUAGUAACUGAAACUCACAGCAGUUCUCAUCCUAAACUCAUUUGUUAGAAUUGAGUUAGAAAAACAGUUACAGGAAAACUUAAGACACUUAUAUAGAUCGCUACAUUCAAUUUUAGUUAUUCUUCCAGGUAUCUGUUGGUUUAUCUUUCUUUUGAAACAAGCAGUUUAACCAACUUGUGAAGUGUUUGUCGUUACAAAUUUUGUAUGUUUUUGUCUCUGAAACAAAAUACACAUAAAUAUAUCUGUGAAGACUGCUUGGGUUUUUAUACUUUAAAAAUUUGCUAGCUGGGGAAUUAAAAAGGUGCUUAUCUCCCUCCCAGGUGUCAACAUUUGGGGUGGGCAGAGGGGAGAGACCUACCUUGGUCCAGGCUGCAUUUCGGCCAAGCAAAGAAAACAUUCAACGACACAACACUGAUCCAUACACACUGCCCCACUGGGCUCUGGGAUGUGACGUUGCCUGUAGUGUCUCCCAGCUCCAUAAGGUCUUUAAAUCCCCCAGUAAAGCCCAACUGCUCGUUCAGAGCCAGGUUCUGCCUCUUCUCCAGACUAAGAGCUGUUCAAGUGUCUGG